AUGGCAACCAAGAAUAACUCAUCUUCUUCUUCUUCAACACGUACGUGCCUCUGCUCACCCACCACCCAUCCAGGCUCAUUCAAGUGCAGCCUCCACAGGAAUUCAAAAGGAAUUUAUGCAAAAUCAAAGGCUCACAUGAAUCAGAUGGAGGUGUCAGCUUCUUCUUCAUCGUCAUCAUCAUCAAGAACAGCAGCAGCAAAAUCAAAGAACAUAGUGAUGAUGGCCUCGAAAGCCAAUCUUAUAAAGGCGUUUCUGAUGCAAAUAAUCAAGCCAUCAAGCCAUAGUCUUCAAAGAAGAAGGAACUUCAAGCCCAAGCUUACAAGGUUUUGUCCUUUGAAUGGCAAAGGCCAUCAUGGGGUGACUGUUUCUUGA